AUGCCCUCAAAAAAGAAAAAAACGCAAAGAACGGAGGAAACCGAAGAGGCGGAUGACGAAGUCGACGAGCAGCAACCGAAGCCAAAGCGCAAGAGCAAAUCGGCUGCUCACACAGAAUCUGCUGACAAGAGGAAGAAGUCCACGGAGGACUCUGAGCCGGAAAGCCCCAGACCCAAAGAGAAAAGGAGCAAGAAAAAGGGGGAAACCAAUGAGGAAGUGACUGAGCCCCCCAAAAAAGACAAGAAGAAGAAGAAAUCAGCUGCUGAGGACAACCAAGAGGACAUCAUGGGCUCCAAAGAUAAGAAGUCCAAGGAGGGUGACAAGAAGCCCAAGAAGGAGUCCGAUAAGGAGGAAGAGGUACCUGAAGGGCAGGAGGAGGAUGCUGAUACCAAAAAGAAAAAGGCCAAGAAGGCUAAGAAGAGCUCAGGGGACAGUGAUGAAGAUAACAAGAAGGCAAAAGGCAAGAAGUCCAAAGUGAAGCAAAUCGACUAUGUUGAGAUCUAUGAGAACGAGCUGAGGAACUACCAGCCGGAGUCAGUUGAAGCGUAUGAGGAGGAGUACCACAAGAAGAAAGUGUAUGAGGUGGUCACCAUCACUGGAGAUGUCAGAGGGGCGGGUACAGACGCCAAUGUGUUUAUCUCUCUCUUUGGAGACUAUGGCAUCACUCCCAAGGUGCACCUAGCCAGCAAAAACAGAACGGCUUUUGAGAAAAACAAAACCGACGUAUUCAGAAUCAAAACAAACAACGUCGGACCCAUACAAAAGAUAAGGAUCGAGCAUGAUAACACAGGUCUUAACCCCGGCUGGUUCCUGGACCGGGUGGUGGUCACCGACAUGAGCAGGCCCCACCUGCGCUUCUAUUUCGCCUGCAAUAACUGGCUCAGCAAGGAGGAAGGCGAUGGACUGUUUGUGCGAGACUUGCUGGGAAGCCUCAACCCUAUGGAUGUGCCCAAAUACAACAAAUACAUUGUGAGCGUGUUCACUGCGGACGUGAAGGGAAGUGGAACAGAUGCUGAUGUCUUCCUUAAUAUUUUCGGAGAGAAUGGAGACACAGGAGAGAGGAAGCUCGACAACGAUAAGAACAACUUUGAGCGGGGGACAGAGGACAAGUUCACCAUCGAGGCCCCGAACCUGGGAAGGAUCAGGAAGAUCACCAUCGGCCACAACAACAAGGGCUCCUCUGCUGGGUGGUUUCUGGAGAAGGUGGUGAUUGAUGACAUGGGGAACAAGUCCGUGUACGAGUUCCCAGUGAGCCGCUGGUUUGCCAUAGACGAGGACGACGGGAAGAUCCAACGGGACAUACUGGUGGGUGGCAGUCAGCCAACAGGCAUAGUGUACAAUGUCCAGGUGGUGACAGGGAACGUCAGGGGCGCUGGCACCAACUCCAAGAUUCACAUGAUCAUGCACGGCUCCAAGGGCCUGAAGAACAGCGGCAAGGUGUUCCUGGAGAGGGGCAAGUUCGAGCGGGGGCUUACCGAUAUCUUCAAAGUGGAGAUCGCUGCUCUGCUCAGCCCCCUCAGCCGCGUCACCAUCGGCCACGACAACGGUGGGGUCAACCCCGGGUGGUACUGCGACAAGUUGGUGGUGUACUGCCCCUUCACGGGGAUUGAGCAGACCUUCCUGUGCGGCAAGUGGCUGGACGAGGACGAGGGGGACGGCCUGAUAGAGAGGGAGCUCUAUGAGAUGGUGUCACUGCGGCAGAAGAGGCAGAAGAAGCACCCCUGGUCUCUCUGGAUCUGGACCUCCGAUGUGAAGGGAGCAGGGACCGACGCCCCAGUUUCCAUGCAGAUUUAUGGGGAGAAGGGGAAGUCGGACGAAAUGAGGCUGGACAAUAAUUCGGACAACUUUGAACAGGCUCAGCUAGACAAGUUCAUGAUCGAACUGCCUGACCUGGGGAGGCUGCUGAAAGUGCGUAUUUGGCAUGAUAAGAGGAACCCCUUUGCAGGCUGGCACUUAGACAAGCUAACUUUGAUGAAGACAUUGACGAAGGAGAAGUUCUCGUUCCCUUGUCAGCGCUGGUUGGAUAUCAAUGAGGAUGACAAUGAGGUUGUCAGAGAACUUCCUGCCACAGGGGAGCAUGUUCCAGCGCCUCUUUCACUGUUGAAGUACCGGGUUUCCGUCUACACGGGGAAGUUCAACGGCAGCGGCACAGACGCCACGGUCUUCAUCUGCCUCAUCGGGGAUCAAGGAGACACCGGCGACCGCAUCCUGAUGAACUGCAAGAACAACGUCAACAAGUUCGAGAAGGGGAACAUUGAUGAGUUCAUGGUUGAGGCGGUCUCGCUGGGGAAGAUCCAAAGAGUUCGGAUAGGGCAUGACGGCCAAGGUGGGGGCUCUGGCUGGUUCCUGGAAAAGGUGGUAGUGAGGGAGGAGGGGAAGCCAGAGACCGAAGCUAUAGAGUUUCCCUGCAACAGGUGGCUUGAUAGGAAUGAGGAUGACGGUCAGAUCGUUCGGGAAUUAGUGCCAUCUCUUGAUGGACAGCGGCUUCAUACCAUCAGCUACCACAUCUCAGUGAAGACAGGCGACGUCAGUGGAGCCAGCUCUGACUCGAAGGUUUUCGUCAAACUGUAUGGAGAAAAGGGGGACACCAGCAAGAUGAUGCUGAUGGUCUCCGACAAUAACCUGCGCAACUACUUCGAGACUGGACGUGUCGAUAUCUUCACCAUCGAAACCUCGGAUAUUGGACAAAUCAAUCGUCUCCUGAUUGGUCACACCAAUGAGGGCUUGCGGGCCGGGUGGUUCCUCGACAGCGUGCAGAUAAUGGUCCCUGUACACGGGAAGCACUAUAUGUUCCCCAGCCACCGCUGGCUUUGCAAGGACGAGGCGGACGGGAAGGUGGAGGUGGAGAUCUACCCCAGCGAGAUUCUGGACAUCGAAAAGUUGGUUAAUUACGAGAUAACAGUCGUCACUGGUGAUGUCCGCGCGGCCGGCACAAACGCAAAUAUUUUCAUGCAGAUUUAUGGGGACCAAGGGAAAACAGAAUUAAUCGCAUUGAAAAGCCGAUCGGAUAACUUUGAGAGAGGAUCGACUGAAAUAUUCAAGAUCGAAGCUUUGGACGUCGCUAAGAUCUUCAAGAUCCGCAUUGGCCACGACGGGAAGGGCCUGGGUGACGGGUGGUUCCUGGAGACGGUCGACAUCAAGCGCCUCACGAUAGGCACGGUGCAGAAGGAGGCCAAGAAGGAGGACAAGAAGGACAAGAAGAAGAAGAAAAAGAAGAAGGACGAGGAAGAGGAGGAGGAGGCUCCGUCAGGGCCGCAGGAGGUGGUGGAGACCUACUCGUUUCCCUGUCAGCGCUGGCUGGCCCGGGACGAGGAGGAUGGGGAGCUGUUGGUGGAGCUCCUCCCUGAAGAAGGAGCAGAGCUGGAAGAGAACACCUACGAAGUCUAUGUCUACACCGGCAGCAUGUGGGGAGCAGGAACGGAUGCCAAUGUUUACAUUAAUAUUUAUGGAGAAAAUGGAGACACAGGAGAGCGAUGGUUGAGGAAGUCCAACAACCUCAAUAAGUUCGAAAAAGGGCAGGAGGACAUGUUCUCCAUCACUGCAAUUGAGCUGGGGCCACUGAAAAAGUUGCGGAUUCGCCAUGACAACACUCAGUCGUACGCUGCCUGGUUUCUGGACCGCGUGGAGAUUGUGGACUGCAAGGACGACACCACGUACUACUUCCCCUGCCAGCGGUGGCUGGCUGUGGAUGAGGAUGAUGGGCAGAUCGCCAGGGAGCUGGUGCCAGUGGACGAGGCCUUCAUGAAGAAGGACGAUGAGGAGGAGGGCACGGGGGCCACGCUGGGGCUGGAACAGAAAGCCAUGUCAAGAACCUACACUCUGAGAAUCAAGACGGGUGAGAAGAAGUAUGCUGGCACAGACGCCAAUGUGUUUGCUAUCCUGUACGGAAUGAAGGAUGACACAGGAAUAAUAAACCUCAAAGCCUGCAAGACCCACAAGAAUAAAUUUGAGAGGGGGAUGAUUGACGAGUUCACAGUGGAGGCCGUGGAUAUUGGCACACUGAAGAAAUUGCGCAUUGGACAUGAUAACUCAGGUGGCUCACCUGGCUGGUUCCUGGACUGGGUGGAAAUAAACGCCCCCUCCCUGGGCCAGAAACUGCGCUUCCCCUGCGGCCGCUGGCUGGACAGGGGCGAGGACGAUGGGGCCAUCGUCAGGGAUCUCUACCCCGCUGAGCUGCAGACUGAGCUGUACACCCCAUUUGUGCCUUAUGAGAUUACCACAUUUACGAGUGACAUCUUUGCUGCUGGGACGGACGCGGACGUCUUUAUCGUUCUUUAUGGACGGGACGGGGUCUGCACCCAGCAGAAGUACCUCUGUGUCAACAAGCGAGAGAGGCGCAUGUACUUUGAGCGGGGAGCAGAGGACAUGUUCAUUGUGGAGCUAGAGGACGUAGGUGAUGUAAUUGAGAAGAUCCGAAUCGGACAUGACAACCAGGGGACAAACGCUGGCUGGCACCUGGACAGAGUGGAGAUCAGAAGACUUCUGAGAAAGGGAAAGGGCUCGGAGACGAUCAUCUUCCCCUGCGAACGCUGGCUCGCCAAAUCUGAGGACGAUGGAGAGACCGUGAGGGAACUGGUGCCAUCCGAAAUCAUCCAGGAGAAGCUGCUGAGAGAUGGGAGUCUGAAGCACACAGAGACCGAGGUGGAGGAUGCCCUAGAGACUCACACAUACAAGGUGUCCGUCAUGACGGGUGAUGUGUAUGGGGCGGGAACUGAUGCCAACGUCUUCCUUACCAUCUACGGAAACCUGGGUGACACAGGAGAGCGCAAACUCAGCAAGUCUGAGAGUAACAGCAACAAGUUUGAGAGGGGAGGGGUGGACAAGUUCCAGAUUGAAGCGGUGGAUCUGGGAGAGGUCUUCAAGAUCAAGAUCCGCCAUGACAACACCAUGAUGGGGGCAGACUGGUACCUUGAGCAGGUGGAGGUGGUCGACGUGGAAACGGAGGAGGUCUAUCUGUUCCUGUGCGAGCGCUGGCUCUCCAAGAAGAAGGAGGAUAGACACAUUGAGAGGACCUUCUAUGUCAAGGGGUACGAGGGAGAGAAACACAGCCGCCAAAGCUCAAAGAAGAGCGUGAAGAGUUUGGACAGUAACAUGAACAAGAAGAAUAAGAAGAAGAAGGAAGAGGAGGAGGUCGUCGAGGACGGCCCAAUUAUCCCUUACCACUUCACUGUGUCCACGGGACUGGACCGCGAUGCCAGCACAGCCAGCCGCGUCUAUGUCAUCGUUAUCGGACCCGACGAGGUUGAGACUGACCGGCUCUGGCUGGACCUCCCUGAGGGAAAGAAGUACUUCGCUGCCGGGACCAUGGAGAACUUUCAGUGCUACGGCAUUGAUGUCGGCGAGAUCAAGAAGGUGGAGCUGGGGCAUGAUGGGGCCACGCCCGAGAGCUGCUGGCUGGUGGACGAGCUGACUGUCGCCGUGCCCACCAAGGGAGUCAUGUACGUCUUCCAGUGCAAGUGCUGGCUAGCCAAGGACCGUGGCGACGGGCUGACAGCACGUAUGUUCAACGUGUUGGACGCCGACAGUAUCACCAUUACACAAAAGGUCCUCUAUGAGAUCACAGUUGUCACAGGGGACGUCCAGCACGCAGGGACUGACACCAAGAUUUACUUGUCUGUUUUUGGGGCCAAUGGAAACACAGAGGCGAUCCUGCUUGAGAAGAAAGAGGACAGGUUUGAGAGAGGCCAGGAGGACACCUUCAACCUGGAGAUAGAUGACAUUGCUCCGCUUAAAAAGAUUAGGGUUCGCAUUGAUGGCUCCGGCAGCCGCCCUGAUUGGUUCCUGGACAAGAUAAUCAUGAGAAACCUGACCACAGACGACGUGGCGGUGUUCACAUACGCCGACUGGCUGUCAAAAACAAAGGGACCCAAAAGGACCAAGAUCUGCGAGCUGGCUGCCGUGGUGGACGAGGAGGAUAUGGUUGACAGGACCACGUACAUCAUCCAGGUCAAGACCAGCGAUGUUGCAGGGGCCGGCACAGAUGCCAACGUGUUCCUCAUCCUGUUCGGGGAAAACGGGGACACGGGAAUCAUGGCGCUUAAGGCCAGCAGCCGAACCAACAAGUUUGAGCGCAAGCAGCUGGACGUGUUCCGCUUUCCUGACGUCCUCAGUCUGGGGGAGCUGUCCAAGAUCAGAGUGUGGCACGACAACAAAGGUCCUGCACCAGGCUGGCACUUGGAGUUUAUUGAUGUGAAGGAUGAAGUCAUGGACCAAACGUUCCGCUUCCCCUGUGAUCGCUGGCUGGCCAAAAAUGAGGACGACGGUCAGAUCAUGCGAGAACUGGCAUGCGCCAACAAUGACAUCGUGGACUUGAAUGAAAAGACAAAAUAUGAAAUUGCCACCACAACAGCCGACACAGAUGAUGCUGAAACAAAGGAAAAUACCUGGAUCAUUCUUGAAGGGAAGAAGGCACGGUCAAAGGAAUUUGUGAUGGAGAAUUCCUCCAAGAAAAAGAGAUUCCUACAGGGAGCUACAGACAGAUUUGAGUUUUCCUCCAAACACCUUGGUGAAAUUGCUAGUAUCUGUCUGGGGCACAUCCCGAAAGAUGGCAAAAAAGUAAAGACUGAGUCAUUCUGGCAUGUGCAGGAGGUUGUCGUAACAGAGAAAGAGCUGGGGAACCAGUUUAUCUUCCGCUGUGAUGCACAGGUCCCUCUUGCGUCCAAGAAGGACACCUUCAUGACUUUCGAGUGCACCAAAGCCAUUGAGAGCUUCGCCAGCAAGGUCCGCAGCCUGGUACCGGUCAAGUACGAGAUCAUCGUGAUCACGGGCGAUGUCAAAGGAGCCGGCACUGACGCUAACGUCUCCAUCACCAUAUACGGGUCCAACGGGGACUCCGGCAAGCGGGCCCUGAGGAAGAAGUACAGGAACCUGUUCGAGCGGGGCCGCACCGACCGCUUCCUGCUGGAGAUGCUGGACCUGGGAGAGCUGCUGAGGGUCAGGGUGGAGCACGACAACUCCAGCUCCGUCCCUGGGUGGUUCCUGGACCGUGUAGAGGUCACCAACACUGCCAACGGGGUGACCACCAUCUUCCUGUGCGGGAAGUGGCUAGACACCCAGAAGGCGGAUGGACAGAUCCAAAGAGUGCUCUACCCCAAAUACUGA